UGCCUGAAGCGAUUUUCUUAGAGCAAAUUUUCUUUGGGCGUGAGCUCUCAGUGCAAACAAAGCCAUCUAAGUUACCAGACUUUACAGAACACAAGUCAGAGUCAAAGAGCUUGUGCAACCAGUACAAUAACAUGGAGAAGAAAACGCAUACCUUGAAAGAUCUACUGAAGAACCCUGCUUUAAAGAGGGGGAAAUUGUUUAAAUCGGACUACAUCAAUAGUUUAACUGAUUUAACACAACAGCAGGACACAAGUGAAGCUGGCGGUUAUGAUAGUAAUGAGAUGUUACUGGAGACGGAAAAAGAUUUUAUUAAUGCAGCAAAGAGAAACGACGUGAAGGGCAUGAAGCUUUUUGGGAGAGGCAUGAAUGUCAAUGCCAUCAAUGUGCACGGCCGAACUGCUCUCCAUUACGCUGUUGCCUUCAAGAACGUUGAAGCUGUCGACAUGCUCCUUCGAAGUAGAGCCAAACUAGACCUUCCAGAUAAGCACGGACUAACUGCUAUUCAUUUAGCAGCAUGGUUUGGGAGCUUGGAGAUCCUAAUGUUACUUGUGCAAGGGGGAGCUGACCAAAGCAUUGAAAACACUGAUGGAAUGAACAUGGUGCACUGUGCUGCUAUGAACAAUCACACUGAUAUUGUGGAAUACAUUGUUAAUGACCUGCAAAUGGGAAUACUUGACAAAGAGGACAAAUAUGGUAAUAGGCCUUUCGCCCUGGCUGCAGCACACGGCUGUGUGAGUAUGCUACAGAUGCUAAUGGAGGAUCCUUACAACAUGGCCACCAUGGAAGAAAAUAAGGAUGGGGACACACCUUUACACCUGGCAGCCAGGAACGGUCAACAGGAGGCACUGCGACUACUUCUAGACAACUUUAACAUUCGCAAUGAGGUCAACCAGGCUGGGCAAACCGCUCUGUAUCUGGCUGCAGACAAUGCUCAUGAGGACUGCGUACAAACCCUGCUGGAAGCUGGCUGUGACCCAAACAUCUUAACUCUAACAAAGAGCAGCCCUCUGCAUCCCAUCUGUGAAAGGGGGCACUUUCCAAUUGUAAAACUCCUUAUCGAGGGUGGAACCCAAUUAAAUGCUCAGAACCAGCAUUUGGAGACUCCGUUCCAUCUUGCGGUAAAGAACUGUCAUAUCGCAGUUAUCCACACCUUGUUAGAAGCUGGCUGUGAUCCAAAUAUCCAAGAUCACAUGGGGCAGACUGCACUGCAUAUUGUUGCUGAGAUGGGGAAGGUGGACGUGGUUGAGAUGAUUUUAAAAGCCGGAGUGGAUCUGGGAAUCAAGGACAGGCAAGGUAAAACCGCCCUUGGAGUGGCUGCAAGGGGAAAUAUGGUGAUGUUUGUGGACAUGAUCAUAAAAGCUGAGAGAUAUUUCAGAUGGAAACGCCAACUGCAGACGACCAGUACAGAUGCUCUCGAGAGCCUUCACAGUGAAUCACCAUUGACGUUUAAAUUAGAUCACUCCCCGGACACAAAGCAGGUUCGUGGUAUUCUGUGGGACCUUGCAUACAAACAUUUCAAGCGAAACGACUGGAAGAAGUUGGCAAAGGUCUGGGAGUUCACAGAAGAUCAAGUGGCAGCCAUAGAGGAGCAGUGGACGGGUCCUAAUAGUUUCCAAGAGCAUGGAAACAGAAUGUUUUUGAUCUGGCUUCAUGGGGUCAUCAUUACAGGGAGCUGCCCGGUCAAAAGUCUGUAUGAAGGAUUGCUUUCUGCUGGACAUGUAAAGAUUGCUGACCAAAUAAGAAUGGAAAGAACAAGCAUUGACACACGGAAGUGCAGGGUUUCAUGACGCACUGCACAGAAAAAACCCCGCCAUGCAUCAACUAUACUUUUCUUACUCAACAAGAACUUUGAGACCCAGCUAUUUACUUU